AUGGCGGCUGCUUCGUCCUUCACCACAGCUUUAUCUCGGCUUUCACUCUCUCGUCUCUGCGCACGCUCUUCUGUACCUUUGUUAUUUACAUCGUACCCUUCAUUUCUCCUCCCCAAAGCUCAGAAUCCGAUCCGAUUGAGAUCGUUUUCUUCAAUGGCGGCCUCUGAAUCGAAGGAUUCCCCUGCUAGCAAUCCUGGUCUGCAUACUACCCCUGAUGAAGCCACCAAAGGGUACUUCAUGCAGCAAACUAUGUUUCGAAUUAAAGACCCGAAAGUCAGUCUCGAUUUCUACUCUCGAGUCCUGGGGAUGACUUUGCUGAAGAGGCUGGAUUUUCCAGAGAUGAAGUUUAGCUUGUACUUCAUGGGAUAUGAGGAUCCUGCAUCUGCUCCAAGUGAUAAUGUAGAAAGAACAGUGUGGGCUUUUUCUCAGAAGGCUACUAUUGAAUUAACACAUAAUUGGGGAACUGAAAGUGAUCCCGAAUUCAAAGGAUAUCACAAUGGCAAUUCCGAUCCCCGUGGGUUUGGACAUAUUGGUAUUACUGUUGAUGAUACAUACAAGGCAUGUGAGAGGUUUGAGCGCCUCGGGGUUGAAUUUGUUAAAAAGCCAGACGACGGAAAAAUGAAAGGGCUAGCAUUUAUCAAGGACCCUGAUGGCUACUGGAUCGAAAUCUUCGACCUAAAGAACAUGAAAAAUGUGGCUGAAGUUGCUGCUUGA